CAUAAGAAAAUGGAUCAAACAUCAUUGAUGCAAAUGUUCCCAGAUGGUUCCGGUAAUCUUCGGAUGGAGAAUUUCAGUCCAGCAUGGUAUUUAAUUGAAAACCAUCGCGAAACAAAACUUUCUGAUCUUCGAAAGGGUUUGUCGAAUUUGAUACUAAGUACCAAAGAAGGCGAGAAAAGCAGUGCUGACUUGCAUCGUGCCAAUUUAUAUUCCUUAAUCAAUUGUGUCGACACAUUGGCAGCGCUGCACGAUAAAAUGCAAAUUGAAAAGAACACGCGUGGAUGGCCACUUACGCGUAACAUUUCUGACAAGCUUGAGGAAUCGCACACUACGGCCAAUGCAGUGUUUCACGAAGUGCUGGCACGAAAAGAUCGAGCUGAUGCCACCAGAAAUGCUCUGUCUGUGCUCACGCGAUUUCGCUUCAUAUUUUUCUUGUCCAGCGCCAUUGACCAGAAUUUAGCCAAGGUUACAACAAUUAAUUUCAAGCAAAAAAUUCAGUAUUGUCCGCUUACCUCUGCGUUCAUGUGUUUGUGCGAUUUAGCGAUGCAGCCUAAAUUUGGAGGUAUUAUCGUUCUGGUUCUAGAAGCCCGAUAG